CGGGGCCUGAAUUUGGAGGAACGUGUUUGCGAACGAUGCGAUCGAUCCUUUUACGUGAGCGAGUCUGGAGAAUAUUUAACCAAAGAAAGCUGUGUCUUCCAUUGGGGGAGAUUUAAAAAGAAAUUCACUUGCUGCGGGGGUGAAAAAAACUCAGAGGGUUGUGAGCGUAAUAAACUGCACGUGUGGAAUGGGCUUAUUGAUGGGGAGAACGGACCCUAUGAUGAUUUUCUGUGCACACAACCACGCCCUGAAAAAUCGGAUGUUGAAGCCAAAGUGUACGCAUUAGAUUGUGAAAUGUGUUACACCGGUUGUGGACUCGAAGUGGCCAGAGUAUCGUUAGUUGGUUACGAUGGUGAGGUGGUUUAUGACCAUUUUGUGAAGCCGACAUGUGAAGUUGUCGAUUAUUGUACGCGCUUCUCAGGCGUAACCGCCAAAGAUUUAUGUGAAAACCAAAACAAAAAUUUGAAGACCUUUGCUGAAGUACAAAAGGAUUUGCUACAACUGAUCGAUGCCGAUACCAUACUCAUUGGUCAUAGUAUGGAAAACAAUUUGCGUGUGCUGAAGAUUGUUCAUAAAACGGUAGUCGACACAGCAGAUGCAUUUCCUUAUCCAUCAGGCUUUCCAUAUCGUCAUUCGCUAAAGAAUCUGACUAAAAAAUGCUUAAAGCGCGAUAUUCAAUGUGGCAACGACGGUCACGAUAGUGUGGAAGACUCUCGUGCCUGUUAGGAGUUGGUGAUGUGGAAAGUGCGUAACAAUAUGCCUCCAAGACGACCAAAGGAAUGGAUAAAAUAA